AUGAAUAGUGCAUCUGGAUCGCAGCACCAGCUGGGAUCUUCGGCGUCCAGCACGCGCGACGAUUCCACCAUUGUGGGACUACAUUACAGAAUAGGCAAAAAGAUCGGCGAGGGCUCGUUCGGUGUCCUUUUCGAGGGUACCAACAUGAUCAACGGGGUGCCUGUGGCCAUCAAGUUCGAGCCCCGCAAGUCUGAAGCGCCUCAGCUUAAAGACGAGUAUCGCACUUACAAAAUCUUGGCCGGAACUGCUGGGAUCCCACAAGCCUACUACUUCGGCCAGGAAGGCUUGCACAACAUCCUGGUGAUCGAUCUACUGGGCCCAUCGCUCGAGGACUUGUUUGACUGGUGCGGACGCAGGUUCUCGGUCAAAACCGUGGUUCAGGUCGCCGUGCAGAUGAUCACGUUGAUCGAGGAUCUCCACGCGCACGACCUGAUUUACCGAGACAUUAAACCUGACAAUUUCUUGAUCGGUCGUCCUACCACCGCAGAGGCUAACAACGUACAUCUCAUUGAUUUUGGUAUGGCCAAACAGUACCGUGACCCCAAAACCAAGCAACAUAUUCCUUAUCGUGAAAAAAAAUCUUUGAGUGGAACUGCCCGUUACAUGUCCAUCAACACUCAUCUGGGUCGUGAACAAUCACGCAGAGACGACAUGGAAGCUCUUGGACACGUUUUCUUUUAUUUCUUGAGAGGACAAUUGCCUUGGCAAGGUUUGAAAGCACCCAACAACAAACAAAAAUACGAAAAAAUUGGCGAAAAGAAGAGAGUCACCAAUGUUUAUGAUCUAGCUCAGGGACUACCAGUGCAAUUCGGACGUUAUUUGGAAGUGGUGAGGAACUUGGCCUUCGAAGAAACUCCCGAUUACGAGGGUUACAGAAAGCUAUUUCUAUCGAUUCUUGACGAUAUGGGUACGGAAGCAGAUGGCGAAUAUGAUUGGAUGAAGCUCAACGGCGGCAGAGGUUGGGAUUUGAACAUCAACAAAAAGCCUAAUCUACACGGCUAUGGUCACCCAAACCCACCCAAUGACAAAGGCAGAAGGCAUAGAAACAAAUACGCACAGGCACAAGGCAUGGAUCCUCAACAGCAGAUUCGCUACCAGCAACAGCAGCUGCUACAUCAGCAACAACAACAUCAGCAACAGCAGCAGCAGCAGCAGCAACAGCAACAACAGCAACAGCAGCAGCAGCAGCAACAGCAGCAAUUACAACAACAACAGCAGCAGCUUUUGCAACAGCAACAGGCUCUUCAGCAAGGCAAGCUGGAUCCAACUUCGUAUGAGGCUUACCAGCAGCAAACCCAACAAAAGUAUGCUCAAUUGCAACAGAAAUCCCAGCCAGCUGGUCGUGUAAACAGUUACAAUCAGCACGCUGCUCAACAACCUCAACAAUAUAGUGCCCACCCACAGCCAGUUGCCAAACAGGCUGCUCCUGUCAACGGGAAGGGUGGUGCUGAUGGUCACUCCUCGUCGUCAGCCAAAGGUUUUUUUGCCAAGCUUGGAUGUUGCUAG